AGUAUUAAAUUAAAUGCAGCAAAUUUUGAAGCAACACAUGAAAAUAAGGAUUUUAAUGCCAAGGAACUUUGUCGUGAACAGGGAGCAGAAAUGUUAAAAAGAGAAGGAAACUUCUAUUCUUUCAAGAUAUGUAAGAACUCAUGGUCUCCUGGGAAUAAUUUGUUGGGACAUGCAAGUGGAAGUAACAGAGAAACAAUGUCUCGUUGUGAAAAGUGUGUCACAUCGUUAACUCCUAAGCAUAGUGCAGUAAAAGGAUCAAGGGGUCGCAGUGAGUCUUUAUCUUGCGAAAAUAGCAAGAAGAAGUUAAAAAGUCACUCUACUUUCUACACCCAUACCAGAGUGCACACUGCAGAACGGCCUUUUUCGUGCAAAGUGUGUAGGAAAAUGUUCGCAAAUCGCUCUAACCUAAACAAACAUUUAAGAAUUCACAGUGGAGAACGCCCUUUUUCGUGCAAAGUUUGUAAGAAAGCGUUCGCCCAGCGCUCUUACCUAAAAACACAUUUCAGUGUUCACAGUGGAGAACGAUCAUUUUCAUGCGAAGUGUGCAAGAAAACUUUCACACAGCGCUCUCACCUAAACAGGCAUCUCAGGACACACAGAGGAGAGCGACCGUUCUCGUGUGAUGUGUGUAAGAAGCGGUUCACUCAGCUUUAUCACCUAAAUAUCCAUCUCAGAAUACACAGUGGAGAAAGACCAUUUUCUUGCGAAGUGUGUGAGAAAACAUUCGCUCAUAGCACUAGCCUGAAGAGUCAUCUGAGGGUGCACAAUGGAGAACGGCCUUUUUCGUGCAAAGUGUGUAAGAAAACUUUCGCACAGAGUUCAACAUUAAACAGGCAUCUCAGGGCACACAGUGGAGAGCGACCGUUCUCGUGCGAUGUGUGUAAGAAACGGUUUACUCAGGUCCAUAACCUAAACAUACAUCUCAGAAUACACAGUGGAGAAAGACCCUUUUCUUGCGAAGUGUGUAAGAAAACAUUCGCUAAUAGAGAUAUCCUGAAGAAACAUCUGAGAGUGCACAGUGGAGAACGGCAUUUCUCGUGUAAAUUGUGCAAGAAAAGGUUCACUCGCCGCCUCGUUCUGAAUAUGCAUCUCAAAUCACACAUUGCAGAACAAGCAUGAUCGUGAGAUAUGGAAGGGAAUGUUCACUCGUGGCGGAAAACUAACAAUCAUCGCAUGGAAUAACAUUAGGGAUAACCUUUUCGCUUAAAUGUGUGCAAGAAAACAUCCAAUCAUCGAGACAGUGCGAGUCUAUAGAGACAUUCUUUUAUUUUGCAUUUCUAUGAAAAUGUUUAUUGCAUAAACGGAAUUAUUGUGUUUAAAAUAACAUAUUUUGCUUCAAGAAUUUACCUGGUUAGAGAACCUGAACGUUUUACUGUGUGAUAUAUUUAGGGGCCAGUCUUUUACCAUUGUACCUACAUAAUGUCCUUGAUUAAGACUCUUUUUAGUAACAUAUAUUAUUAACAGGAAUAUUCAUACAUCAUUCUCCUCUGUUCAUUGUAUCAAGAUGUGUUCAGCAUUUGGUUUCAAAUUUUUAA